CCCCAAGCAAGCCAGUCAAGUCGGACCUGCACCUGCACCUCAACAACGAAAAAAACUCGAUUCUCGCGAUCGGAGAGCCAAUCCGGGCGUAUAUAUAAAUGCUUGAACGGCUCGCGCGGCGGCACGGCACUCAGGUUGCUGGGCUUGGUGGCGCAAUAAAAAGGGACUCGCCGCGUCGCGUGACGCGCGCAGGCGGCUGAAAAGCCAACUGGGUGGCCCCACACCCAACGAAAAACGGUGGUAAGCGCUCGCCGGAAGCACCGUCGCCGGCAAAACUGCUGCUGCACUCUGAGCAGCACUCUAUGCACCAGCGCGCGGCGGCGCGUAGACCCGUGGGUACUAAGGGCGAACCCCACUGCUGAAAAAAAGAAACCCUCGCGCGCCAGCGAAGCGCCGUAACUCGCUAAAAACCUUAUCUGUUCGUAACGCCGGCCGGCGGCCGCUUCGCAACCAGAACAAGAUGAAGCGCCUCCUCGACCAAUGGGAGCGCAAGAACUCCAAGGCCAAAGGCCAACAGACGGUAGAUGACUGGGAGAGAGAAAUAGCGGACGAUGAGGUGAUGAGAGACGCCUCGCCUCCACCGGCCCCGCCCAGUCAACCGGUCGUCUCGGACGACUCCGUGGAACUGCCGGCGCCUCUAUUACCAGGCCAGGUCGAGGCCCUCGAGACCGUGGGCAUCUGCAUGCUCGUGGAGUAUAUGCUCGCGCCCCCUGGUGCGGAGGAGCCCCAACAACUAAGGGCGUUCUGGCCAGAUGCCUCGGCAGCGACGCCCGUGCGGACUCCGCGUCUGUUUCUCGUCGACGGCGUCUUCAUGAGACCGCACCGCCGCGACGCCGUCGAGGCGGCAGUUUCGCGACGGCGUCCGUGCCACACAGGUACCCGCCCAAAACACUGAGGUGCUCCACGACUUCAUGUUUCGGUUGUUCGCUACCUGUAUGUACACGCCUGAAUGCUCGGUGCUCGCGUUCAUGUUACGCGCGGUGCAUGAAUUCAAAUUGUUGCUAUGCGACUCACUGAUUGAUUUGCGCACAGGUACGUUUUGAGGCUACUCUCGUACCAUCCGCACUUACGGGUGACGCCGCGGAACUGCCAGCGCUUACUCUUAUGCUCAGUUAUGGUCGCGCAAAAAAUCCACGACGACACGCCGCUGCGCAACGUCGACUUCGCGGUGGCCUGGGGACGGGUCCUACCCGGCGAGCGGCCGGUCCCCGUCGAGCGCGUCAACGCCAUGGAGCGCGUCUUCCUGGGAGCGCUUGGCUUUGAUUUAUAUGUGCCUCGGGAUCAGUACGAAGCCUGCGUGUCGGAGCUGCACGGUGUCGUGCGGCAUCACUCCGCGACGUCGCCGCGCCUACCGCUACUGUUAGAGAAGCACGCGGCCUUCAUGACCGGCCCUAAUAGGGCCCGGUUCCCCUGGAUCGCGCCGCCGCCGCCGCGCCGGCCGAAGCGGCCGCGACAAAAAAAGCCGGACUCGUAGUCACAUGCUACUCCACAAGUUGUGGUCUUCCCCCAGUUAAUCGUGUUGUUACAUAGUCUUA